AGAAAAAGAAGAGAGAGAGAGAGAGAGAGAGAGAGAGAGAGGAGUCAUCUUACUGAUGGGGCAGAAUCAGUAGCAUCUCUCUCCCCGAUCAAUACAGUUGGAGCUGUUGUCUCCCGCUGUUAAGGUGGUUUUGCAUAUCAAGGCUUCAGUUCAGCUCUCUGGAAGACUAUAAUGAACAGCUUUAGGAGGAACACAAUACAUGCAGUUCUGGGCCAGAGUUCUGUUUUGCAUGUUAUUUAAAUGACAUGUUCUCCUGAAGCUGGUUCUGAGUGCAUGGGAAGUAUGACAUCAUGAUCAUUAGACUUUCUACCACAGCUCUCAGCAGAGGCUUUGUUUUCUCUCAUAGUGUUGACUUGCCGGUUCUACAGUUGAUGCAAGCUUGAGGGAACGCCUUAAAUCUCAGUGGUGAGGAUGUCGUCCCCACUCCCUCCGCCCCGUCUCCGUUCCCCUGACCAUGUGAGCUGUGUGCAUUAGUGAUGUCCUGGGAUUUGGAGAGAGGGCUUUCGUUCACCUGCUCCGCGGGCCGCAAUGCCUUCAGUAUUUCACAUGCAGCAUCUAAGUUCUACGUAGUGAAAUGUUAAAGUGACUUGAUUUAGUGUGUUCUUUGAACAGGUUUUUGUAGGCCAUGGUGUCUAACGAGGAAUAUAAAAGUGGACGCUGGUUUUCGGUUGUUUUUGAGGUGAAAGUUAAUCAUGGACUGCUUCGCUUGACCCUGCAUGAUUCUGAUUGAGAUCCACUUUCCAGCCUAAUGGAGCACAUUCAAGGGGCUUGGAAGACCCUAAGUAAUGGGUUUGGAUUGAAAGACUCUGUGUUUGAUGAUACCUGCAUGUCUCCCACCAUUACCAAGGGUUUUCCUUAUCAGCGACGCUCCUCGGAUGAUGGAAAAAUCCCAGACUCCUCCAAAGCUAGCACAAUUCGCGUCUAUCUGCCAAACAAGCAGCGCACAGUGGUGAGCGUGCGGCCGGGUAUGACUCUGCACAACUGCCUCAUCAAAGCCCUCAAAGUUCGAGGGCUUCAGCCAGAGUGCUGUGCUGUGUUCAGGCUCCAUCCAGAACAGCCUAAAAGCAAAAAAUCCCGUAUGGAUUGGAACACCGAUUCUACCUCACUCAUAGGAGAAGAGCUGCUGGUUGAAGUUUUGGAUCAUGUACCCCUGACUACGCACAAUUUUGUACGAAAAACGUUUCUGAAGCUGGCCUUCUGUGACAUAUGCCAGAAGUUUCUCUUGCAUGGCUUCAGAUGUCAGACAUGCGGUUACAAAUUCCACGAGCAUUGCAGCACCAAAGUCCCCACCAUGUGUGUUGACUGGAGCAACAUUCGACAGCUCCUGCUGUUCCCCACACCUGGAGAAGGUGGAGCUCAUUCUCUACCACCUCUCUCAUCUCGGCGAAUGCGAGAUUCUUUAUCCCGGUUUCCUGCCAGCACGCAUCAUAGACACUCCACCCCUCAUGCCUUCAACUACAUCACACCCGCCCCGCCCGCCGAAGGCUCUCUAUCGCAGAAACAGCGCUCCACCUCUACUCCUAAUGUCCACAUGGUCAGCACCACCCUGCCCGCGGACGGGGGUGCAGUUGAGGAUGCCUUUAAAAGGCAGGAAUCAGGGAGCCCCCCUAAUCUCAGUCCAACAGGCUGGUCUCAGUCCAAAACCCCAGCACCUGUUCACAGGGAGAAGGCACCUUCAUCUAAUACUCAGGAAAAAAACAGAAUACGGCCCAGAGAGAAGAGAGAUUCCAGCUAUUACUGGGAGAUAGACGCCAGUGAGGUGGUCCUCCAUUCCCGAAUUGGUUCAGGGUCUUUUGGGACAGUCUACAAAGGGAAGUGGCAUGGUGACGUGGCUGUGAAGAUUUUGAAGGUCACAGAUCCCACGCCAGAGCAGUUUCAGGCCUUUCGUAAUGAGGUGGCAGUGCUGAGGAAAACCAGGCAUGUCAACAUUGUGUUAUUCAUGGGCUACAUGACCAAAGACAACCUGGCUAUCGUGACGCAGUGGUGUGAGGGAAGCAGCCUCUACAAACACCUGCACGUACAAGAGACCAAUCUGCAGAUGUUCCAGCUGAUCGACAUUGCCAGGCAGACUGCUCAAGGCAUGGACUAUUUGCACGCAAAGAAUAUCAUCCACCGGGACAUGAAGUCAAACAACAUCUUCCUACAUGAAGGCUUAACAGUGAAGAUCGGAGACUUCGGUUUGGCUACGGUGAAGAUGAGGUGGACUGGCUCCCAUCAAGUGGAGCAGCCUUCAGGAUCCAUCCUGUGGAUGGCUCCUGAGGUGAUCCGCAUGCAGGACAACAACCCCUACAGCUUCCAAUCAGAUGUGUAUUCCUACGGUAUCGUCCUGUACGAGCUGUUGACUGGGGAGCUGCCGUAUUCUAUGAUCGCAGACAGAGACCAGAUCAUCUUCAUGGUAGGAAGAGGAUACUUGUCUCCAGACCUCAGCAAGCUGUACAAAAACUGCCCCAAAGCCAUGAAGAGGCUGGUAGCUGACUGCAUCAAGAAGUCCAAAGACGACAGGCCGCUGUUCCCUCAAAUUCUGGCCUCUGUAGAACUGCUGCAGCACUCGCUGCCCAAAAUCAACCGCAGCGCCUCUGAGCCAUCUCUCCACCGAGCUUCUCACACAGAGGACAUCAACGUGUGCACCCUGACCUCCACCAAGCUGAAUGUCUUCUAGAAUGGACAGUUUUGUUGUUUCCCAAACAAAAGUGCCCCAACUAUGACGCUGCCUGGAAACUCCUGUUACAGCCAAUCAUAUGUAGUGCAUUUUAUUUCUUCUCUAAAACCAAGCAUGAGCAGUUUGGCUCCAUAAAUGAUGAAACAAAUGCCUUCAGUCUUGGUGAAGGUGGCUGAAGUGAGGUAGUUUGUGCCUUGACGCUCAUUAUAAAAGGCCUUUAAAGGGGAAUUCCACAGAUGUGUCAAAAUUUCUGCAUAAUUUGGUGUGAAAUGAUCUGUUCAACAGAAACUGACAGUCAGAAUUAUUCACAGUGAUGGUGAUAGGAACCAGACAUCUAAUGCUUUUAAUGCUGCUAAAAGCUCCUUCAUAGAAAGUUGUCAUGCCUAAGACAUUCUUCUCAGGAUACUGUAAAACAUUUUGGCCAAUAUUGUAAAUCUAUUUUCUAUGUAAAUCUAUGUAGAGGUACAUGAAGGGGGUUAAAGGCAAAAUAGUCCUCCAAAGAAAGCUUACAUGUUCUUAUUUACCACCACUUUACCAUCAACUCACAUAUUAAAACUUGUGUAGGUUCACUGGUGGUUUUGGAUAAGAAAAUAAAAUGGCUAUUUGCAUUGUAGAUGUGUUGACCCCUGGUUCCUGUCACCACCACUGUAAAGAAAUCAAAGUCAGUUAGUUUUUCUACAAUGAACCAUUUCACAUCAAACCACUCUGAAUGACAUCUCAUCCAUUGAAUUUAGAAAAAUUGGUGGAAUUCCACUUUGAAAGUCUUGUCUUGCCUUGGCUUUGUACACGUCACAAACAUAAGAGAACUUUCAGGUUUAUUUUUCUUUCACGGUGCCCAAAGAUCGGUUCAAUGGAGGCAACUUCAGCACUUCUGAUUUGAUUGAGACAGCGUUUCACGAAGCAGAGCUCAUAAGCACAGCAGCUUUGUAGUUUUGGCUGUAUCAGUGAUGAUCUUCACAAAGGCCCUAAUCUGCUUUUAUGUUUUGUGAUGAUUCAGCCAGAACUCCUCUCAGUGACCUGGGAGUUUAAAACAUGUAAAAAGCUGUACAUUUUUUAAGUGCAAAUUCAGACUGUGGUCAUUUGCUUUUGAAGGUCAAAUUGAUUGUUGUUACCAAGGAAACGUGGAUGUACAGUUCAGAUGGACCCUCAGCAAACGCUGCAUCAAAUUGAGAUGCCUUUGUGGCAUUAGAGUGUAUUUGUCGCCGUGAUGGUUUGUUUUUAUGAGGCUGUACUUAUUCCAAGAAUCAGUGACUAGAACAUAUGAAUGACUCGUUAAAGUUAUUAGGGAUUUUAAUCUAUUUUUGACCUGUUAUUGCGUUAGCAAGCACUAACUUGUACACUUAAAGACUGUUUAUGCUUUGUAUUUUAAUAAAAGUAAGUUAAAUA